ACAACAUUUGUCCUAGCACAAGCAAUUGAAUUAAAAUGUUUUUCAGAUUAAACAUCAAACAACAUUGUGAACAGUUUUAGACAUUUAUACUUUCCUUUUGUCAGUUUCUUUAUGAGGUCAUCACAACCGUUGGAGCUUCACCCUCGAGGUCUCUGUUUUUUUGAGUUAAGUACACAAGAUAUCGGGCAAGGAGCCUGUCGAUCUCCUGUCCAGCUCCUCUGAAGGGCCAAAACAAAGCUAGGAUGAUGGGGGAGUUUGCAGGAGCUGAUGUUGGGCACUCAGGGAAUUCAGGAGUCAUUGACACAGGAAGUUCAGUGAAGGAGAAAAAGAAAUAUGAACGGGAGUUUCUCCUGAAUUUACAGUUUGUUCCGGCGAGCUUGCAAAAGCCAAAAUGCCUCAACGACCUCAGUGACAUCGUCCUGGACAAGCCCAACAUGAAUCCUCUGCAUCGACCUGGUCGUCAUGACUUCAUACCACCUUUUGCAAACCUGUCCAGGUCCAGCACCGGGCGGUCGGAAGCUCGUCUCUCUCAGACAGAAAGGCGGUACAUAAGGAUCGAGCCUCUGGAGAGUCCUCAGCCGAGGAAGAUCAUCUCGGGGAUGCCCCUCUCGGAUGUGAAGCUGAACAAAGCUGAGAACGCCUGGAGGCCCUCCAUGAAGAAGUCCUGCCAGGCAGCAGGAAGAGAGGCAGAGAAGGACCGGGAGACCCAGGAUCUGCUGAAGAAGUUUCGCAGCAUCCUCAACAAACUGACCCCUGAGAAGUUCAACCAGCUGAUGAAACGAGUCACAGACCUGAAUAUCAACUCAGAAGAGAAGUUGAAAGGAGUCAUUGACCUCAUGUUUGAGAAGGCCAUCUCUGAACCAAACUUCUCUGUGGCCUACGCCAGGAUGUGCCACCAUCUCAAGGCGAUUGAGGUGCAGAAGGCAGACAAACCCGGCCAGAAGGUGAAAUUCAGUGCACUGCUGCUGGUCCAGUGCCAGAAAGAGUUCCAGACAGACAAGAACCACAACCAGCUGGUUUUACAGAAGCAGAAGGAGUUAGAGGAGGCUUCAGGGGAGCUCGAGAAGCAGCUCCUGACUGAAGAGCUGGAGGAGGCCAAAGACAAAGCCAGGAGAAGAUCCCUCGGCAACGUGAGGUUCAUCGGCGAGCUCUUCAACCUCAGGAUGCUUAACGACGUAAUCAUGCACGACUGCAUCAUAAAGCUUCUCCGGACGCCUGACGACGAGUUCCUGGAGUGUCUUUGCAAACUCUUGUCCACCAUCGGGAAGAACCUGGACGCAGACAAUGACCAGACUCAUAUGGACAAGUACUUCUACCAGAUGAAGACCAUAGUGAAGGAGAGAAGAACCUCCACCAGAAUCCGCUUCAUGCUACAGGACGUGCUGGACCUUCGGCAGAACAAUUGGGUCCCUCGGAGGGGUGAUCAAGGACCAAAGACCCUGGACCAAAUACACAAGGAGGCUGAGUUGGAGAAGCAGAUGGAGCAAGUGAAGGUGCAUCAAUCCACGUUCUUCAAAAGGGAGAUGAGCGGGAGUCCAGAGGGCAGGAUGGUCAGGGCAGGUCCGGGAGUCGGUGGAGGCAGCUACAGCCCUCGAGACAGUAUUUGGCGGCAAGAUGAGCGGUGGAAGCCAGUUCCGAACCUACGGAAGCAGGCAGUCGACAUCCCGCACCUGAGCAACGGCACAAAGAGGCCACUCCGAGACUAUCAUCGCUCGCUCGUCCUGGGAGAAGGAGUAGGAGCACGCCUCAACUGGUGCAAAGGAAACGCCAGCGACGUCGUGGAGUCUGGACUGGACUCACUCGGUCGUCCAUUGGUCACCAGCAUUUACAGAGCCAGCACCGGUCGGCAGCUCUACAGUCCGUGCGAACACUCGGAUCAUGGCUCCGACCUGCGCUCUGACAGUGAAGGAGACCAGCUGAGGGUGCACAGGUAUAGCGUCAUACGCGAGUAUGAGCACAGGCAGCAGCCGAGACGCCACACCAGGUCUGCAGACUCGGUGAACGGAGAAGAAGACGGGGCAGAGUGUCAGCGCUCCAGAGAACACAGCAGGAAUGGGCACAAAACCGCCACGUCCCCGCCCCCAGUGACCAACCUGAAGAACAAGUCCACAGCCAUCAUCCAAGAGUACCUCACCAUCAACGACCUGAAGGAAGCUUUGACUUGUGUUCAGGAGCUAAACUGCCCUCAGCUGCUGUUUGUCUUUGUGCAAACUGGUCUGGAUUAUACCUUGGAAAAAAGCCCCAAAGCAAGGGAGGACAUGGGGCUGCUGCUGCUUCACCUGAUCAAGAACCAAACGCUGCAGACUCAGCAGUACUACAAAGGGCUUCACCACAUCCUGGAGAUGGUUGAGGACCUGGUCAUAGACAUCCCGCACAUUUGGCUGUACCUGGCAGAACUGAUCCGUCCCAUGGUCCAAGAGGGCGUUGUCCCAAUGGGGGCGCUCUUCAGGGAGAUUUCCAAAUGUCUAACUCCAUCAGGGAAGGCUGACAAGCUGCUGGUUCCAAUCCUGGAACUGCUCUGCAGACACAUGGGCCAGGACUCAGUGAAGACCAUGUGGAGAGAGGCGGGGCUGCAGUGGACGGACUUCCUCCCUAAAGAAGUCACAGUCAAAACAUUUGUGAAAGAAAGGAAUCUGGAGUUCACACUUGAGGAUGAUUCACAGAAGAAGAAGCGACUGAACGACGCAGAGAUCACCUCACAGCUCUCCCUCCUCCUGCAGGAGGAGGCCGACAACCAGAACAUCUCCAGCUGGAUUCAGAUGAACGUUGAGGAGCAGCAGAUGGCCUCCGACAUGUUUGCUCGAGUCCUUACGACCUGCGUCUGCCAGUCGGCAAUCACCUUCAAGACCGUCUUCAAGGUGAGCGCGAGGCAGAUCCAUCGACGGGCCAAGCUGCUGCAGAAGUUCCUGACAGAUGAGCGGAAGCAGCUGCAGGCUCUGUUCGCUCUUCAGGCUCUGAUGGUGCAGAUGGACCAUCCAGCAUAUUUGCUCCGGAUGUUCUUUGACACUCUCCUGGACGAGGACCUCAUCACAGAGGAGACCUUCUUCUCCUGGGAGUCAAGCAAAGACCCGGCUGAGAUGCUGGGCAGGCAGCCAGCACUCCACUCCGUUGCAGGCUUCUUCACUUGGCUCAGAGACGUUGAGGACUUCAUCAUCUAACUCGAGAGACUUUGCACAGACAUUUUAUUAUAAUAUAAUAUAAUUAUAUAUUAC